UCCUAGCGGUCCCCGCGCCACUGCCGCUAUGUCCCGUCGCUGCGCGCUGCUCGCCUGGGCUCUCCUCAGCCUCCUUCGGCUCGGGGAGGCUCAGAAGACAAAAGCCCCGGCCUGCUGCAGCCCCAUAGUGCCACGGAGGGAGUGGGGGGCCCUGGCGUCAAAGUGCACCACGCCCCUGAGCCAGCCCGUGCGCUACGUGGUGGUGUCGCACACAGCGGGCAGCAGCUGCAACACCCCAGCCUCGUGUCAGCAGCAGGCCCAGAAUGUGCAGCACUACCACAUGAAGAGAGAGAAUUGGUGCGACGUGGGCUACAACUUCUUGAUUGGAGAAGAUGGGCUCGUGUAUGAGGGCCGUGGCUGGGGCUUCAAGGGAGACCACUCGAGUCACCUCUGGAACACCAUGUCCAUCGGCAUCACCUUCAUGGGCAACUACAUGGAUCGGGUGCCCCCAGCCCGGGCCCUCCGGGCAGCCCAGGGUCUGCUGGCCUGCGGCGUGGCUCAGAGAGCCCUGAGCUCCAAAUAUGAGGUCAAAGGGCACCGGGAUGUGCAGCCUACGCUCUCUCCAGGAGACCAGCUCUACAGUAUCAUCCAGAACUGGCCACACUACCGUGCCUCCUGAAGCCCUGCUGGGUGGUACCCCAUUCCUCUCCUCCCACGGCCCAAACCCCACUGCCGCCUCCUCCAAUAAAGGUGCAGCU